AAUUAGUGUUCGCUGCAAAACCCAAGGUGUAGUCAUUUGUCAUGGACAAUAUAUUGGGCAACGGUAAAAUAAAACUAAUGUAACAUAAGCUAUAAAUCAAUAACAUGGAUUUAAGUCGAAUAUGCGGUAGUUUUGAAACAUCUUAUGCAAUACAAUAAGUGAUACAUUUCUACAAGAUGGUUAAUGGCAAUUACGUACUGUAUGGAGACAGACCGUCUUCUGAAUCAGAAACAGUAGAUGAUCACGUCCAAACUCGCACAGCCGAGAGAAAAACUAAACGUAAAUCAAGUAGAAUCCCAAAAGACACCGCCAAAAAUCAAUAUAGCCACAAUCAUAAAAUUACCGAUAUAGACAAUGAGACCGAUGCAGUGAAAUACGAGAAGAAAAUAAAGGAACCACGUCUUCUCCGUUACGUUCCAACUACUGAUGUGGAGCAAAACUAUAUAACUGAAAAAUUCGAGACUUAUGAUUUGAAGCCUACUGAAGAGCUUCCGAGACGACAUGCGUUUACAAAGAAACCUAAGAACCCAGCCGAUGGGUCGGUGAACUACGCAUAUUCCCGUUCGAGCAGCAGCUGCAGUUCACCUAAUUUGCCGACGAUUUCUGAACACGGUGAACAAUAUGGUACAUAUCGAGUACGAUCGCCACAACCGUCGCCCAUCAACAAUCCGGUCACGGGUUACGAGACGAAGCUAGACAAGUAUUUCGCUAAACCAAGGGAAGUGAAGACAUUCACAGCAAAGGGUUCUCACCCAGACAGCCUGUACCGAGUAUCAUCGGACAGUGGUACUGGUGCAGACAAAUUCAUGAGAGCUUUACGUCUUCUGCGAUGGCCCCUAGCGCUUUUUACUGUCUGCGUUGCGCUUGCUGUAUUCGUCUAUUUUCUCAUGCCGGUAAACACGAGUGCAGAUACGGAUACAGUCAACGCUACGUACUGGGAGGAGAAUGUCUCACAAGCGCAGUCACACAGAAUUACAGACGAGAACCAAAAACUCGUACAGAACAAAGGAACAGAAAAGUCACGGCCUCGGGGUACGAAGACACCAGAAAUCGAUUUUUAUGAUGCUGACAACGGCCAAAACUCUGACCUGACUACUUUAAUAGAUAUAAUAACAGAAAGAAGUCAGAAAAGGAAACUUCCAGUACCACCCGUCUUCCCUACACAUAUAUCUCCAGAAGUACAAUAUGGAAACGAGAGGGUUGACUCAGACAAAACUCGUUCCCCAAAGUUACUGAAAGAUACAACCACUGUAACUAGUGAUUCAACUUUGAAACCACAUAUCACUCAAAAACCGGAAAAACCACUAGCUAUUUACUUUAAAGACGGUAAUGGGGUGACCGCAACUAGCACAGAAGCUGUGCCGGUAACAGAAAAUUUUGCAAAUGCAGAAACUUCGAAUGAUAUUAAUGCUUACCUAAAACAACAAACAAGAAAGGGGUCAUCAACCAAAUCUGAAGUUCAAAUUAAUGAAGUGCCUUCUACACCUCUACCAGUUUAUGAGAGGCCAAAACAUAUCAAGCAGAAUCACAAUGCUGAACGCAUUCUUCCACCUGAAAUCCAAGAGUUUUACGAUCGUCCCGUCAUCGACAACGACGUCAAAUUUACAUCAGGUCACUCAAAACUUUUCGGUAUAUCUAUAGAGGAUGCAGAAAAUAUGAAAGCAACUACCCAAAACUCAUUGUAUAACACAAGAGUAUCUCCAACUUUACCGACUUGGCGAAACAGAGAGGAUGCCACCACAAAAAAGUAUCCCAUAAAUGGUAACUAUGACGUUCCACAGUGCCGUUCCACACGUCUUCCUCUGUGUCGUGGAGUCCUGCCAUAUGACUUGGCGACGGGUCCUGCCUUCGUCGGCGAUGUCGAUGUUACCACGCUACUUCCUCAAAUCGAGUACCUGGUUAGCACUAAUUGCAGUCAACGGGUCCGACACUUCGCUUGUGCACUCCUGGAACCUGAAUGUAGCCCACCACCGUAUUCACAGAAAUUACCCUGUUACAACUUUUGCAAAGCCAUCGUGGAUCACUGCGAGAGCCUGAUACCGAGGGAGUUGCAGGCGAUGUUUUCGUGCAGUCAGUACUCCAGUAACAACUGCGCCAGUGCGCGAGCACCGUGCUUUGCACGCGAGCUGGCGUGCGGGGAUGGUACCUGCGUACCUCGGGAUUGGAUCUGCGAUGGCACCAGAGAUUGUGCUGGGGGAGAAGAUGAGGCACCUUGUUCCAAGUGCGACGUCAGCGAGUAUCGUUGUGCUUCCGGGAUGUGCAUUACUAAACGCUGGUUGUGUGAUGGCUACGCGGAUUGUCCUAGUGGCGAAGAUGAGCAUGAAGAAUUGUGUCAAGGACGUAGAAUUGUGAACUUGCCUAGAGACGAAGACAUCGAUGAGCCAGGCGAGGAGUCAGCCGGUUCAGCACCCGCACCUUCCGUCCGCAAGCCUAACAGACUGCCGAUAUAUCGCAAUGGUGAAAACGACAAUAGCAAGGAGCUGUUAAUGACCAGUGAUAGCAAUAAUGCCUUCAGGCGUAACUUCACUCGCCGUCCUUCUCCGUCCCGACUUUCACCAUAUAAGCGUCCAAAACCUCCAGCUAAUUUCACACCGGAUCCCGAUGAACUAACAGUACAGACUACGCUAAAAUCAUCACUAGCUAAAACGGCAAGAACUCCUAAGCCUAGCAUGAAUAAUGAAAACGCAAAACAAAAUGAAGAUAAGCAAGAUUCAUCAGAGGAUAUCAACAUUGGUGACUUAGGGUUAUUCGAAGAUAUUGAAAAAAUUAAAACUGAUGACAAGGAAAAAAGUAAUGAUAAAGACAGUGAAGAAAAAGAAAAAAGUGACGAAAAUGGAAAAAGUGAAAAGAAACACGUUCCCAGACAAAAUGUACGCAAGCAAGUAAAUCGAGUGAAGUCAACAGACUCACCUCCUGCUAGUCCAGCGCCCACUCGUUUGGAUAAAAGGCUCAAUAAACUUGAACGAGCUUCUCUGUUAAGGAAAGCAGCCCAAUCUCAGCGAGAGGAGAUCCAAGAUUCGCCUGAAUCUAACAGCACUGUAUUUGAUAACACAGAGGAAUUAGCUUCCAGUGGAUAUAACAGCGCUCACGCAUCGCCUUGCCCCAGCGGCGAACUCCGUUGCGUUGAUGGCCGAUGUAUCACAUUGGCUCAACUCUGCGAUGGAACUGUUGACUGCUCUGACCAUGCUGAUGAAGAUAAUUGCUAUACAUAACACACUCACCUAAGCAUAGUAGAUAUAAGCUUCGUCAAAAGCAGAACUCAGAAGGCAUUAUCAUUCUCUUUAAAUUAAACUCAAGCUUUUCAUUACCCUCAGGCCUCAUGGUUGAACUCAUUACAUAUAUUAUCACCGGACUAUGUCUAAUCACACCUAAUAGUGAAUAUUGAUGUAGUUUUGAUGGGAUAUGCUUGCGUUUACCUGAAAAGCACAAUUUAAGUUUUUCCGCAAUGAGGAAAUAGCUAUGCAACGCUGCUUCAUAUGAGAAUAGAAUAACAAACAAACAAUGAAUAAGAAUAGAGUUAUUUAGUGUUUUAUCCACUUACUAUACGAAAUUGAAUUAUUUCACUGCGAGCUUGCUUCUAAAUAUAAUUUUAAGUUUUCUUACGGUGCUAAUAUUAUUUUACUGCUAUAUUGUAUUUCUUUUGCGCUACAAAAAUGUAAGUAAAUGAAAUAGAUAUGUUCGCUUGAUUUUAAUUAAUAUUUACUUUAGAAGUAAUUCGAUAGGAAUGUUAUGAUUAAGUACCUACUUAAUGUUAGUACCUAGAUAUUUUUUGUUAGCUGUGAUAAAGCAAUGCAUGUUAUUGGUAAAAUAAUUCAAUGUUUAUCUUCAAAAUACGAAUAUGUUUUCGUGCUUUUAAUUUUGGACAUUAUAAUAAUAAUAAUAAGUGUGUACUUAUCUUACACUUAAAAUUAAAACUUAUGGAUAUCAUAGGAAUAUAUUUUGCGAGCAUUCUUUGUUAAAAUUAAAACGUAAAAGGAUACUUUUGCAAAUGUUUUAGAACAAUUUUGUUCUUUUUAAGCACUCAGAAAAGUAAAAUGAUUACCUGCUUAUUAUCCAAUAUAAAAUUAAGUUUUUGCGCAACAUUUACAACAGUUUAAAAAAUAUAGCUUCAUGUACACUACUCGUAGGUAAACAAUGUACAAAACAAUUUGGUGGAUUUUGGUGGAUAUUAAUAAUGUAAUAAUACCUACAACUUAUGUAAAAACACAUCAGGUAAUAUACCUACUUAGUACUACUUACCUACCUACUUAUUAUUCGUACCUAUAGGUACCUACAUUCUAUUGUACCUACGUACUUACAAGUUUUAUGGAAUUGUAGCAAAAAAUCUAUCAACUUCUAAACCUUCUAGAUAGUUUUCGCAAAAGUUAAUUGUCAAAUUGGUGGAAAUAAUGGCAUUAGUCCUAUCAAAUAAGUUUAAGUUAAGUAUUAUUAAAUGCAACAAAAUUAGUUAUUUAGUUAUUUUAUAGUUCUUUGAUUAGCCUAUCUUUGUAAAUAAUAUUAGAAAUAUUUAUUUAUUGUGAGAUCUCUAAGUGGAUUCGAUUGGUUCUUUGUUAUAUUAUUUUUAUUGUUAAGUAAGUUAGACACUAUAACUUAACCAAUCUGUCUUUAUCUGGGUAUUCUCAAUUUUAUGCAUUGUAAUUUGUUUAAUGUAAAUAAGUUUUAUUUUCAUCAGAUUUAUCAGCCUUGUGCUCUCAACCCUUCACAGAACUGUAUUUUCUUACAGUAACAAGUUGUAAUUAAUGAAGGUUUUUAGAUUUGGAAAGUCCAAAGUAACGUCAUAAUAUUAUUUUUACAUAGUUAAGUAGGCAGCUACAAGUAUUUUGAUUAAAAGUACUUAGAUAUUAUACCUAGGUAACGUUUUAAGAGAUCACCAGUUUUUGUCUGUAUAAAACGUAUGUUUAUAUAUUAGUAGGUAGCGUAGUAUAGUUUUAUUGCUAGCUAUAGAUAUAGCUACCUAGUAUGGAAACUUUUAUAAUUUUGAUAAUAAAUAGUAUGCCAUGUUU